AUGGAGAGUUCUAAGCCAUCGACCCUACUGGGCAAGAGACCCAGAAGCAAGUCUGAGCCUGUGUUAAAGAUAGUCACAGGCACUGCCUCUUCCCAGGGUGUUCCACCAGUGUCCUCGUCUACAAACGGCACACCUCCAGUCAUGUCAGCCAUGCCGAAGCCAGGAACGCUCAAUGGCAUCCCUCCCCCCGCUCUCACCAAAGCGGCAGCAGAGGCAAUUCUUGAAGAUCUGGUUAGCCAAACCACCUUUCCACCCACCGCCAUGCCGGUGGGGAUGAUGACACGAUCUCGUGUCCAGCACCACAAGAAGCGUCUGAACCAAGACUGGGUCUCUCGCUCAAUCGACCCCAAGAAUCCACAGCAGCGCGAGUUGGUGCUCAAGACUGCCGCGAAUUUUAGCGAGCUCCGCAUUGAUGUCAAGUACCGAAUCAUGCACUGGCUGUUCGUGAACGGUGAGACGGACCUCGUUGGGCGUCUGAUGGCGGAUCGCCUUCAAGGGAAUAACCUUGAUUACCCUGCCAUUGCGGACAUCGUCUCAGUGGACAAGGUCAAUGAGCUUUUGCAGUGCAAACUGGUGUUUGAUUACUGCAUGGAGGUAAAAAUGGACUAA